AUGCCCGGUCGUUCGUUCAAAAACAAACUCAGCCUCGGUAGCUUCAAUCGGAUACACCAGCGGACUGCCUCCGUGAAAUCAUUCGGCAUCCCUCUCAUUCCUUACAAAAACUCCCUUCCUUCCGACCUCGAUAUCUUCUCUGUUUCUGGUAACGAACCCGAGUUCGACGACGAUUCCGGCUGUGGUCCAUUCGACGAUUCGAAUAUCUUUGAAAUCAUCGAUAUGCACGGCUCCCAGGACUCGACGUCAUCGACGUUGCCUGCACCUGUCGUCCAGAACCGGUUAUCGCAAUGUUCAAUAGCGAAGAAUAGACGCGAUGAUGAAAAUGACGCGUCGGCUAUGGUGAAGUUGAAAAAACAUUUGUUGACGGAAGUCGAUGGAGAUCAGUCCACGGCGCCUUUGUCUAUGUAUUGUUUCAUGACUGGUUUCAUCGAUUCAGUUACAUUCUCUGCUAUAUUUGUCUGGUGCGCUUUCCAAACAGGAAACAGUUUACAACUGGCCCUUGCCCUUGCUCGCCUGUUCAGCGGGCAGCACGAUCACUCGUUCCAUAUAGCGGACCGUCAAGCGCUGUGCUCUGUGCUCACGUUCAUUUUCGGCGCAUUUAUCGGCCGUAUCGGCGAUAAGUUGGGCUGCAAGACACGGUUAUGGCUGGCCCUCGGCACAUUCAUUCAAACCCUCUUUACGAUGGCUGCCGCUAUUGCGAUAUGGCAGAGCCAUCAGGGUAGCGUUGCUGAUGCGCGCGCAAACCCCGCAUGGACCAACGUGUCUUCCUUUGUGUGCAUUGGCUUCUUGAGCGCGAGCAUGGGCUUGCAGGGCAUUAUGGGGAAGCGUGUCAAUACGCAAUUCACUACUACAGUUGUGCUCACGACAACUUGGUGUGAGCUUAUGGCUGACCCUAAACUCUUUGACAUCCGGCGGAUGGUCAUUUCGCGUGAUCACAAGAUCAUGGCUAUUGCCAGCCUGUUUUUUGGAGGCUUCAUUGGCCGUCUAUUGAUCGACAGUAUCGGUUCAGCUGCUACGCUGGGCAUCGGCACAGGCAUCCGUUUGAUUGUCAGCGUAUGGUGGCUUUUCAUCCCGGAGAAGCCAGCUGGGAAGUAA